ACACGUGAGCCACCCGCCGAUGUCGAGGAAUCGCCAAGACCCCAAGCCAGGGCAGAUUCCGGAUCCACCCGACACGCAAGUCGCGGUGGCUACGAGCCCGCGGGACCCGAAGCGGUCGCCAUUGAUGCUGUCGAACGAUGCGAACCCUUUCCACCCAUCUGCAGCAUGACGCUUCUCUGGCUCGCUGGAGCCGCUACCCUUAGCGGUGUCCCUCUGGUUCCUCCCCGACGUCUGGAGGCGUGCACUUCGAGCUGCGUGUCGGGGGUGGCGUACGGUCUCGUCUCUGCCUACCAGAUAAGCCUGCUGUUGCUCACUAUAAAGCGCCGACCUCCGAGGCCGACAGCGAUUGACCAUGCAGCCACCCAGUGGACACUGCUCGACCGCCACCUCCACCGAAUCGAACGCCGGCUCGACGUCCUCGGAAGCGACCGCAGCGCCGACGCCGGCGCGGCGGCUGGAGGAGGGCCUUCGAGCGGAAGUGACGCCAAGCGCCGCCUAAAACCGGAAGCGGCGUCGACGUAUUUGUCGUCGUCGCGCCGCCCUGACGUCACCACCAGCGGCGGUGGGAGCGUCGCAAAGAUGGCCCUCUUGUUUUACACACUCUACGGAUUUGCGGUAUUUUUCUUCGCGGGAUGGUGGGUCGUCUGGCUCCUGCACCUUUUAGCCAUCUUCAACGGGAAAUUGAAACUGCACAAAAAGAAGAGCCCUCCACCCUUGGAAGUCCCGCUCCCGGGGGUCUCCAUCAUCAAGCCGCUCACCGGUGUAGACCCCAACCUCUUCAGCAACCUAGAGUCAUUUUUCACCAUGAGCUAUCCUCAGUAUGAAAUUCUAUUCUGCAUCCAAGAUGAGAGUGAUCCAUCAAUAAUGCUGGUCAACAGGUUGAUGGAGAAGCAUCCGCUGGUGGAUGCCCGGGUUUUUGUAGGGGGCUGCCCCGUCGGGGUGAACCCCAAGAUCAACAAUAUGCAACCAGGCUAUGAAGCUGCCAAGUACGACCUUAUCCUGGUCUCCGACAGCGGGCUGAGAAUGAAAGAAGACACCCUGCUGGACAUGGUGCUGACCAUGACGGACAAUGUGGCCCUUGUGCAUCAGAUGCCUUUCGUUUGUGAUAGGAAGGGCUUCCCUGCCAUUCUCGAGAAGGUGUUCUUCGGGACCGCCCACGCGCGCAUCUACCUGGCAGCCGACCUGCUGCGGAUCAACUGCGCCACAGGAAUGUCGGCCCUCAUGAGGAAAAAGCUUCUGGACGACGUUGGAGGCAUCAGGGCCUUUGCGCAGUACCUUGCAGAAGACUUCUUCUUUGCAAAGUCCUUUGCAGAGAGGGGCUGGAAAAUGAAGAUCAGCUCGCAGCCUGCGUGGCAGAACUCCGGUCUCUGCGAGGUGGGCUUGUUCCAGACGAGGGUAGCGAGGUGGGCCAAGCUGCGGUUUGCCAUGGUCCCGCACACGACGGCGCUGGAGCCGUUCUCUGAGUGCAUGCUGCUCGGGAUGCUGGUGGCAUGGGCGGCCAGCUUCCUUUUCCAGUGGGACGCCUUUGUGGUGUACCUGCUUCACCUGCUUCUCUGGUUCCUGCUCGACUGGAUGCUGCUCAGCAUUGUGCAGAAUGGGCUGCUGCCCUUCAGCAAGUGGGAGUUUGUGGUGGCGUGGACCUUCCGUGAGUGCGGUGCCCUCUACCUGUACCUCAACGCAUUGUGGGACCCCACCAUACGGUGGCGCACGGGCCUCUACAGGCUACGCUGGGGAGGCACCGUUGAAGUGGUCAAGCCCAAGUCCUAGUGGCGCCGCCCACGACAACACCACGGAACCAAGCGCCGCUGCGCUGCAGAACCAAGCGCCACCCGACGCAUGCACGGCCGCAGCUCAUAAACAACGCAUGCGCGAGCCCCACACGUCGGUGGCGCCCCCUCGGCGGGGGCAGCGCGAAUGACGGCAGAGAUGACGGGCCCGAAGUCAAGACGCGGGAUGCGGCGAGUGAUCGAAGCUGUGUGUGUGUGCGUGCGUGCGCGGUACCGGACGACGAGGAAUGCCGGCAGCCAUGCACGAACCUGGAAUCUAGGGAGUGAUAAUAAUGGUGACACUAGGUUUUUUUUUUUUUUUUGUUCUCUUUUUUUUCUUGUGGUUCACUUUUGUUACUUGUUUUUGUCCGUUUGUGUGGCGAUUUUUAUUUUCCAGCUUGUUCUGCGUGUGAGGUAUCCAAUUGUUUCGUUGUUUUGUACAUACAUAUAAAAAGGUGGACGGAUAGCCGGGCACGAACAUUUUUUUUUUUUUUGCCGUUUGCGACAAAUCGCGUGGGCUCUUUUUUUUUCUGCAAGGGGAGCGCGCGGCCUUGGUGCGGUGAUUGUCGGAGCGUGGUUAUUUAUUGCGGCGCCAAGCCGGAAGGUUUUUGCUCUCUGCUUCGUCGACAGGUCGGAAGCAUAGUUCGAACGACGCAUCCAGAGCCGCCGCAACGAACUUGUCGCAAGGUGUUUGCACUUUCCGCCCUGCUUCGAGAUGUUUCAGCUGGGCAUAGAACAAAAAUAGGUUUGGUGUGAUGCCCGCCUUUGACCAGGCUACAGCUAGUGUCUCAUUCUAGUCAGGAAAGUUUAACGAAACGCAAAGAAACGACCGCAGUCGACGCGCGACCGGGGCCGCCGCGUUUCACGGCAGCGCGCGUGCCUCGGCUAGUCAAGAGGAGCCGGAGCGUCCCCCUUCCCCCAAACGAAGUUUGUACCGCCUUUUCUACGCGUCGGACGUCCCGACCACGAGCACGGUUCGAGAGGGGAGGGGGACAUCGAAAGUAAGAAAAGACUACUGGCGAGAGGAGUUCAGGGUUGUAAAGUGUUUCCACUGCAGCAAAGAUUGCAACACAUUCCCAACUUCGUUUUGUGUGUUUUUGUUUGUUUUGAAUGCGAUACUCACUCGCGCGCGUAUCGUUGCCCAAAAGAGCUUGGUCUUCGUGUCGCCUUAUUUCUUCCCCGUCGCCUAUCUCUUCGACGAAAACAAAAAAAGUAAUGAAACUGGGUUUCGGAAACAGAGGUGCGACGGUGUACCUCCGUGACCAACCUUACCUUUAUUCUACGCUUCUGUAGUGGGUUUUAUGGAAAGAAGAAAGCUGCAGUGUUUUCGUUGAUGGCUUGCGAGCAGCUGUAAAAUGCUACUGGGAUAGACACGUUUUGCGACGCAGAAUCCGUUUUGUCCUCCGGCAUGCAUUUGGCGUUUCGUUCGACACCUUUGGACGAAAAUGCCGCGCUUUUAUGCGUUUCGAGUUCAAACUUCGAAAUGAAAAUCCACUGGCCAGAAUGAGUCGCCACACGACGAGAAUGAGGCGUUCCCUACAGUUCAGGAAACUACCGGUACUAAUAAAACAAAAAUAAACUGUGUGGUAUUUCGUUCUAAAAGCGUGUCUCGAACACCGUAGGUUUGACGGCAACACCAAACUUGCAGUUACGGAAGAUCAGUUUUUACUUGCGACUGUGGUAAAUGACGCCAUGCUCGUGAUUAUAGGAAAUAACUCGGUACUUGAAAUUACUGCAAUUAUGGGCAAUAACUCUGUACAUGCAAUUACGUGAAAAAGCACCACAUUUGCAAAUAUGGGAGGAGCCGUCAGCCAACGAGAAUUGGUUCAGCACGCUUCCUUUGCCGAUGUCUUGCUUUUGCGGGACAGUCUUCUACAUCGCUCACCUAGACUACGCCACUUUUUUUUUUUUUUUUUUUUCUUUUGUACAUACAGAUUUGCGACAACGCUGAGAAUGCUCACGGUGUUCUUUCCGUUCCGAACGCGCUUUUCUUAACACGUGAAACGUUUGUUUGCUCGUUGCGGUUUCAAAGUCGAUACCCGUCCCUCAUAGACUGCCCAAGUACCUUCUUUCUUCGUUGUUGGGUGUCUCCAUUGUUUUGAAUUUCCUAGGUCUGAAGAGUUUUUCCUUUCGAAACUUCUUUUUUGUUUUGUCGUGUUUACAACUCGAGAUUCAGCCCAAGUUUUGUUAUUCCGCUGGUCAGACCGGCAUGCGGGUUUACAAGUCGUGUGUGUAUUUCUGAAGCUGUUCUUUCUUCCACGUUUUUCUUGUGGGCAAGGGGAGGGUAAUAAACAUGCAUGCAUAGCUUUUAUUGGCUUAAUGGUGUUUUCAUGCUACUUUUAACUAAAUUACUAGCUAGAUUCCACUUGUACAAAAUUUCUCGGUUCAUUGAUGUCGGAUAAAGGUUUCUAAACUGGAUACGUUUUACGAUUAUAAACCUUUCUCGGCCGCCCUUUAGAAUAAAACAAUGUUAUAAAAUGUUGCAAAAAAAAAAAAUGAAAAUGCCGUGUUUUUUGUUUGUGUGCAGCGAUUUAUUGUCAGACGGCCGAAAGCAGGAGUUGGUUGCGUUGGCUAUCCGGCGGAUUGGUUACGACUGUGUGUCCCUCCCUUGCAUUCAUCUGGGCGUGUUGGCUGGACCAAUCAGCGCCUCUGUAGUUGCUUCCUCUUGAGCGUGACAGCAGCUGACGUGUUUGUGGAGGUCGUACGCGAUGCACAGAGAAAAAAAACGAGACAUGUCAUUGAAAUCCGUGCCCCCCAUGCAACCGACCAGGGCAGUCUAUCGCUUUUUUAAGGGUUUGUACUCAUGGAGUCGUGCUGCCUCUAGUUCUUCGCAGGAGAAUGCCGCAGAAUAAAAGUUGUAUUAUAGUGAAUCGAA